AUGGGAGGGAAAAAAACAAAAGGAAGACAAAAGAUAGAUAUUAAAAAGGUAACGAAAAACGAAGACAGAAUGGUCACGUUUUCAAAGCGUAAAAACGGAAUUUACACUAAGCUCAGUGAACUCUCCAUUCUCUGCGGCGCCGACGUCGGAUUUCUCAUCUACUCCGGCUCAGGAAAACCGUUCACGUUUGGCAGCCCUUCCUUCGAUGACGUUGCACAGCGGUUUCUCCACGGAAACCAUCACUCAGGGAUCAUCAACGGCGAGGGCUACUCGUCGUCGUCGUUGAUCGUGGAUGCUCAUAAGAAAGUGAAGAUGGACGAGUUCUGCAAAAACCUCAACAAUCUGAUGGAGAUCAAAACAGAUGCGGAAGAAGAGAAACUGAAGAUGGCUGAGGCUGCCUAUGCACCGACGUUGCCGGUGAAUAGUGACGCGUCGUGGAAGGUUGAUUCAAAGGACGACGAAGAGGAGAAACAGUUGUUGCGGAGGUAUGAGGAGUAUUACGAGGAACUGUGUGAGGUUGCUGCUGCAAAAAUCCGUGGAAGAUAUGAUGCCUCAGCGUCGUCGUCGUUUCCUCAACAUGGCUAG